AUGACAACGGAGGUCGCGGGUCGCAACAUCGUAGUCGCAGUUGACGAGUCCGAGCAAAGCUUCUACGCCUUGCAGUGGGCGUUUGACCACAUUAUCCGAAAGGACGCCGAUAAGACGAUACUCGUCACAGUGGAGACGCCCAUUACCAGUAGCGCAGGAGCAUUCGCGAUUCCCGAGGACAACGAGCUGAGCGUGGAGGACGACAAGGAGCAGGAGACGAAGAGCGUCGCUGAGAGGGCCGAAGCCAUCUGCAAGGAGAACCAGGUGACGAGCGUGACCAAGGUGUAUCAGGGCGAGGCGAGGGAGGCGAUCUGCCAGGCGUGUGAGGAGAAUGAGGCGAGCAUGCUGGUCAUCGGCAGCCAUGGCCACGGGCCCGUCAAGAGAAGCUUCCUCGGCUCCGUCAGUGACUACUGCUCCAAAUACGCUCGGUGUCCAGUGGUUGCCCAGGCCAAGGACGUCCUAGCUUCGGGCAGGUUCCGAGCCACAGUGCUUCCGGACCUGCCUGCGCCGGCCGGCUUCAGAGAUUUCUUGCAGCUGCCUCUCUCUCUGCUUCCACUCCCCCCCUCCUCCUCCUCCUCCUCCUCCUCCUCCUCCUCCUCCUCCUCCUCCUCCUCCUCCUCCUCCUCCUCCUCCUCCUCCUCCUCCUCCUCCUCUCCCCCUCCUACCUCCUCCGUUCCCCACCCUACUUCGUCCCUUCCCAAUCCUCCUGUCUCUUCCCUCACUUUCAAUGCAAGUUCUCUCGAUAAAUCAACUCAAAGUCAGAAGAUACCCUUAACUGCCAGGGCUGGUAACCAGUCUGUUACAGGCAGCACAACGGGUAGCCAAGCCACUCUGGCAGCUCCAGACAGCUCUGUUGCGGCUCAGGCGGUUGCCCAGGUGCUGACGGUGGCGGCUCAGGUGAAAACAGCAGAGGCGGUGAGGCAGCAGAUGGUGGAGAAGGCGGUUCAGGUGGCAGGGGGCAGGGAGGGCAGCUCUCCAGGUGCUCUUCUGCUGCUGUCAGGAGGCGUUCAGUUGUGGGCUGUAGAGAACCCCCUCGUUGCCUCGGUGGACCGACUGGAGCAAAAGCUGGAGGCGGGAGCAGAGGCCAUCAUACUGCAGCCCCCGGUGGUGCCGGGUACCUUUCAGCAAUGGUGGUGUGCGGCUGAACAGAGAGGCCUCACAACAGCAGUGCCAAUGAUUAUCGGCAUGCCUCUCAUCACCUCGGCGCGCAACCUCGCCUUCUGGAUGCUUCUCACCGACGCCAAGGGGGGUGAAGCUGAUGCUGAGAUCGCCAGGUUCCGGCAGGCAGAGGAGCAGGUGGCAGGGACGGGCGAGGUGGAUGUGGAUCAAUUCAGGGCGUUUCGCCAGCACUGGACGGAGCAGUACCUCACACUUGCCACGCAGCUCAAAGGUGGGGAGCCAAGCAGAUCGUUCCUCCAGCACUGGACGGAGCAGUACCUCACACUUGCCACGCAACUGAAAGGUGGGGCUUCGGUAUCAGACAAGGGGGCGUGCACACAGCAGGUGGCAGGGACGGACGAGGUGGAUGUGGAGCGAUUCAGAUCGUUCCGCCAGCACUGGACGGAGCAGUACCUCACACUUGCCGCGCAACUGAAAGGGGCAUCAGGAGUGCAUGUCAUGCCCAUCAACCCGCGUCGUUCCAUUCUAACCGGCGCGCUCGAACGUUUGCUCGUAUGGGACGUGCGAAAGGGCACGCUGCUACAGCAGCUCUCGCCGCAGCCGGCCGGCGCCGGCUACAGCCAAGGGGGCGGCGCGGGUGCGGCCGGCAGCGCAGCCGGCAGCGUGCAUGAUGCCGUCCCCGCUGUAGCGGACGUGACGGCGAUUUGCCCGUCGCCGGCCGACGCGACGCAGGUGGCGGCGGGGUACACGGACGGUACGGUGCGCGUGUGGAACAUGGUGGACGGCACGUGUAGGACAAGCCUUGCCGGCCACAGGUCGGCUGUAGCAGUGGUGCGGUACAACGCGGCCGGCGCGCUGCUGGCGUCGGGCGGCAGAGACGCGGACAUCGUGGUGUGGGACGUGGCGGGAUACAGGCCUCACCUUCCUGGUUCCCGCGUGCAGCUCCAGUCGCUGCUGGUAAUCUGCAGCAGGGACGCCCAGAUCAAGGUCACAGACCUAAUCUUCCUGGAGGGUACAAUGGUGCAGCACCAGUCGCUAUUGGUCAGCUGUAGCAGGGACGCGCAGAUCAAGGUGUGGGACCUCGCCCUGCACCACUGCAUCCAAACCAUUGCCGAGCCUCGCGGCGAGCUCUGGACGCUCGCCGUCCACCCGAGCCUGCCCAGGCUCGUCGCUGCCGGCACCGAACCUGAGCACCGAGUGCGCGCCAUUGCGUUUGCGCCCAAGGCAGCAGGGGCUGGGGGGAGGGGAGCGGGGAGAGGAGGAGCAGCAGAGCCGUCACUGGCGCUGGCACUACACAAUAACAGCGUGGAGAUCCACACGAUUCAUGCGGACAGCAGCACCCGGGCGGCAGCGCUGCAGUCUGCCGGCCACCGAUCGGACGUCCGCUCGCUGGCGCUCUCCUCAGAUGGCUCGCUUCUUUUGUCCGUUUCCAAAGGCUCUGCCAAGGUGUGGAACCCUGUGACUGGAGCCUGCCUCUCUUCCUUUGACUCGGGCUACGGCCUUUGCUGCCUCUUCGCCCCUGGUGAUAGAUACGCCAUCGCAGGCACACAAGCAGGCGACCUGGAGGUCUUCUCAGUGGCCGGUGCAGAGCGCACGGCUCUGAUUCAGGCAGCACACGACAAGGCAGUGUGGGCCAUGGCUGCCCUGCCUGAUAACACGGGGUUCGCCACUGCCUCUGCUGACGGCUGUGUGAAGUUUUGGGAGUAUCAGAUGCAGCUCAAGGGAUCCGAUGCAGACAAGGAUGCACUGGCGGCAGGGAGGGGUGAGAAGCACUUAACAGUGGUGAACACUCGCACGCUCAAGAUGUCUGACGAUGUGCUAAGUGUGGCGUUUAGCCCUGACGGCCGAUACAUUGCACUCUCGCUCCUCGACUCCACCAUCAAGGUGUUCUUUGUCGACUCGCUGCGUUUCUUCCUCUCGCUGUACGGCCACAAGCUGCCAGCCAUCUGCCUCGACAUCUCCUCCGACUCGCAGCUCGCAGUGUCGGGCUCGGCGGACAAGAGCGUCAAGAUCUGGGGACUCGACUUCGGGGACUGCCAUCGGUCUCUGUUUGCACACCAGGACAGUGUGAUGAGUGUCAAGUUCGUGCCCCGCACGCACUACUUCUUCUCGUGUGGCAAGGACCGAAGGGUGCGGUACUGGGAUGCUGACAAGUUCCAGCUGCUGCUCACACUGGAGGGGCACCAUGCUGAGGUCUGGUCACUAGCCAUCAGCCCCCUCGGUGACUUCCUUGUCUCCGGCUCGCACGAUCGCUCCAUCCGCCGCUGGCAGCGCACCGACGAGCCCUUCUUCCUCGAGGAGGAGCGCGAGAAGCAGCUCGAAGCCAUGUUUGAAGCCCGAGCAGUGGCGCUACCAACCGACGCACGCCGCCCGGACGGGGGCGACGACGAGGAGGGCGGCGAAGGCGGGGAGGCGACGGGCGGCGCGGCGGGGGAGCUGGGCGGCGUGGGAGGGGCGGCAAGGGGCACGCAGGAGACGGUUUGGGCGGCAGACUCGAUCAUUGAGGCGGUUGAGCUGGCAUCCAUGGAAGAGGCUCGCAUGGUUCCCUUCAUCAAGGACCCCAGCGACCCCACCUCGCUGCUGCCCUCCUUCCAGCCCAACGUGCUGCUCCUAGGCCAUGCGCCAGCGGCCUUUGUGCUGCGAGCUCUCGCCAGAGUCAAGCCGUCGGAGCUCGAGCAAGCGCUGCUGGUGCUGCCCUUCACAGUGGCGCUGCGGAUUCUCCACUUCGCCCCCCACUGGCUGCACCGCCCGCUGCCGCAGCUGGAGUUUGCCGCCCGGGCGCUCGUGUCCCUCGUGCGCAUCCACCACUCGCAGCUCGUCGCCACGCCCACCGCCCGGCCUCUAUUGGCUGCUGUCCACACUCUCUUACGUGCUUCACUCAAGGGCGCAGUGGCAACAGUGGGAUGCAACUUGGCUGCUAUCAGCCACAUCAAGGCGUCCAUAGAGGGGGGAGACGGCACGGGCAUGGCUGAAAAGGUGAAAGAGAUUAGGGAGCGGCUGGCCAAGGGGCGCAACGCGGUGGUUGCAGAGAAGCUGCAGAGGAGCAAAGCAGAGAAGCGCAAGCGCAAGGCGGAGAAGCAAAAGGUGAAGAGUUGA